AUGGUCCGCCCGGAGAAGACGCGCGCUCGCCCUGGCUCGCUCCUUUCGAGUUCGCGCAUCUGCGCGCUGGACGUCUUUGUUAGCCCGCGCCUUCUGCUUCUAUUCCUCGCAGACUCGCGACGUCAGCCGUCCAGCGAGAUGGGCGCCUCGCACUGCGUCCGGCUGCUCACUAAUCGACAGUUCGCCUGCCUGACCACAUUCCAAUCACGCCCGGCCGUCCUCUGCGCGCGAGUUUCUGAUUCGACGUCGCGGACGUCUAUGGGCGUCGACGAGCGUCAUCCUUUGUUACUUCUCGAAGCUCGGGCGCCCGGUAUGACACGAUGGACUGACGUAUCGGGGGAGGAUGGCCACAGUGUGCGCUCGCGGCCGUUCGGGGCAAAGAUCUGGAGGAUCGUUACGGCAGGGAGACGGGUCGGAGACAUGGAACACAGACGUACGGCAAGUAAUGUGGCCCUUUGUGAGUGGCUGCUCGUGGCGUGUUUCCGGGAUCGACACGAGCUCGGCACUCGGUGGUAUCACGUUCCCUUUGUGGCGUCAAGCGUGGGCAUGGAGUGGGCACGGUCAUUGCAUGGACGCAACACCCGGGUGGAAGCUCCACUAGGUAAAGAUCGAAUAUCUGCCACGCUCGGGCUGGACGCGCAUCCUACCUCGUCGAGCUCCGCUCCGCCCCAGCUGCACCGCACCGCCUCGCACUCGGCUGACCGACUGACAGCGCCCUCGAUCGUCGCGCGCAGCACCGGCCGACCCUCGUUAUUCCACGACACCGCACGGUCUGAUCAACCGCGACAUUGCACCGCACGCCCGACACCCGCGGCGGCGUCUCUGUUUUCCUGUGGCGGCUGGCGGUUUUUCGUCCGAUCGACGUCGGUUCUCGGCUGGCUGGCGGCUGGCGGCUGGUCGAACCUCGCCUGGGCGACGUCGAUCGACUCGGCACCGGUGGCCUCGCGGCACGCGGCACGUCGCGGCACAGGCGGCAGUGGCGGCGGCGGGCGGCGUGCGCAGCCAAUUGGGCACCGCGGAGUACAUAAGCGGGCACGCGCCACCGCGACGAUUUUUGACUUGGCGAUCGCCUAG